AUGACGCGCGCUCUCUUUCUCUCUCUCUCUCUCUCUCUCUCUCCGAAUCUCUCUCUUAAUCUCUCUCUCUCUCUCUCUCUCUCUCACACAAUCUCUCUCUCUCUCUCUCUCUCUCUCUCUCUCAAAAUCUCUCAAAAUCUCUCAAAAUCUCUCUCUCUCUCUCUCUCUCUCUCAAAAUCUCUCAAAAUCUCUCAAAAUCUCUCGCUCUGUCUCUCCAAUUCCUUCCACACCACACACACCUUCACCAUCUCCACAUCAUUCCCUUGCCGUUGCCCACACACACACACACACACACACACACACACACACAUAGUUCACAGUCAGUGUGUCAAGCUUGAGGCAAGGGCUCAGCAGCUCGUGCUCCAAAGGUGUCUCACUACAACGGCCGACAUGUACUGGUCGUCCGGACACCUGGAUCAGAGUGCUAGUGGGCCAAUGAUAUUGUGA